AUCAUUCGGAGAAACGCGUAUGGGAAUUUCGAGACGGAGCCGUCACUUCUCAUCCCGACGGCGAGAGACGCGCAUCGCCGGAGACCGGGAUACCGCGACAGGGAGCAUUGACACCGACCAACCCUCCGCAAGCUCUCCAGAUCAACGCGCACGACCAAGACUCGCAGGCGAGUAAGACACAGGGAGUUUGCGGCGGCAACGUCGUGUGUGUGUGUGCUUCCAAGACGGGAUAGUGAGCUGCUCCGAGAAGACAGCAGCAAAAGCAACAGCCAAGAUGCGACCCCUCGAUCUAAUGCAGCGUGAGCGCCGGCUCACGGAGACGAUGUCCGAGACAUCCGAGGGCACGACCACGACCGCGACCAGCGUCUCCGGCAAGUCGUCGAGCAUCGGCAACUCCGACGAUCUCCGGGACCUGGCAGCCAUCCUCGGCAUCAGCUCCGAAGACUUGCAGCAGGAACGUUUUCGCGUCGACCGACGCAAGCUGGAGCAGAUGUUGCUCGGUGACAGCAACGGCGAGACUGCCGACAUGUUCUUCCACAAGGUCAUGGAGGAGACUAGCACUUUCAUAACGUGGCCCUCGAGGCUCAAGAUCGGCGCCAAGUCCAAGAAGGAUCCGCACAUCAAAGUAGCCGGUCUCCAGGAGAACGUACGCAUGGCCAAGGAGCAGAUAACCCAGGUUCUGGACACACGGAACAACCGGGUGACUAUGAAGCUGGACGUAAGCUACACCGACCACUCGCACAUCAUCGGCAAGGGCGGACUUACCAUCAAGAAGGUCAUGGAGGAGACCAGCUGUCACAUUCAUUUUCCUGACAGCAAUCGCAGCAACCACCAGGAGAAGAGCAACCAGGUCUCGAUCGCCGGUGAUAUGGAAGGUGUCGAGAAAGCCCGCGCUCGCGUUCGGACCCUGACGCCGCUAAUCUUUUCGUUCGAGCUACCGGUGAUGGGCAACAGUUCGCAGAUCGCUACCGCGGCCAACACCACGCCGUUCUCCACUUCGCCCUACAUCGUGAAGAUCCAGGAGAAGUACAACGUUCAGGUGAUGUUUCGUACCAGGCCCAAGCUUCACGCUACGCUGGUCGUGGUCAAGGGCUGCGAAUGGGAGGUUCAGAAAGUCAAAGAAGCGACUGUACUGCUCAUUCAUCACAUGUGCGAGACCCUGGCUAGCCAAAUCCAAGUACAGAUGUCCAUGGAGAUAUCUCCUCAACAUCACAGCGUUGUCCUGGGCAAACAGAGUAACAAUCUGAAGUCGAUCAUGCAGACCACUGCCACGCAGAUCAUGUUUCCUGAUGCAGGCGAUCCAAAUAUACCGAGCUUGAAGAAAAGCAACGUUACGAUUACUGGCUCUAUUCACAAUGUGUACUUAGCACGCCAGCAACUUAUGGGUUCGCUGCCGUUGGUACUGAUGUUCGAUCUACCGGAAAAGUCGAUCAACACUGUUACGACAGACGACGUGUCAAGACUGAUGCAAUCGCUGGACGUUUUCAUCAACAUUCGUCACAAGCCUAAACAAAGUACGCUCUCUAUCGUCGUCAAAGGCAUCGAGAGAAAUGCCAGCAACAUAUACGAGGCCAGACGACAGCUCUUAGGUUUGGAUGAACCUAAAGUCACCGCCGAUAUCCCGCAGACUUACGUGGCCUCGAACUCGACGAGCUUCAUUCUACAAGGUGGUUCUGUACCCCUGGGACCCUUCAUUAUCAACGAAAACGUACCAAGCAGCGGUUCUUGCGUAAGCACACCACCGUCGUCCUUUUGCGGACUGUCCCCGAGCCCAAGCCUGCAUCCCUCGCCAUCUAAUACAAUGAGUUUCCCUGCGCACUGGACUCUCGCCCCCGUACCAACAUCCCUCUUUUCGCCGAUAUCCAUACAUGCGAAUCACCUAACGCCAGCAUACGCUUAUCCGCCCCACUUGAGCCAUCUGUUGACAAUGCAGCAACAGCAGCAGCAGCAACAACAGCAGCAACAGCAACAGCAACAACAGCAGCAACAACAACAGCAACAAGCGCUGCAUAACGCUGCCAAAGGACUGAUGGGAUUAGGAGCACAUAUGCAUUCUAAUACUAGUCUCAACUCUUCUCUCAGUGGGGCUUUUCUGAGCGGCAUGCGGAACAGUGGUUUAUUCGCUAACGACAGUAAGGAUAGCGGUGCUUUCUCUACAAUAAGCAGUGUUUCGAGUUCACUUUCGAGUCCAGCCUUAAGUCCACGAAACGUUUCGCCAAUUGAUCCAAACUCUAAUUCUUCCGGUUGUUCUUCCGAAAUGAGCUCGAAUCUUGAUUUAUCAAAUGUGCUAUCCGAUUUGACUCUUGCCAAUAAUUCUCUAAUUACGGGCAACGAGAAAAAAACGACGCAGCUAGAUAUGCAGUCGAAUUUACAAGACUUUUCCACGAUGACGUUCGAUUACGAACAGAAAAAACUGUUGGCCUUAAAGGCCAUGCAGACCAAGCCAAACGCGAACGAUUAUCGGGUUCCUACUUCCGUUUGGUCAGGAUACGGAUUCAGUCAAACGAUUCCCGAAUUGAGUUCUGCUACCGAAAACAGUAGUGAUUCAUUGGGUCAAACCUCAUCUUUAUGGAAAGACUCAACUACGCCAACGAAUCUUACGUCCGCUCAGGACUUCGGCGUAACUUCGACAAAAGACGACAGCUCGAAUGCCAAAGCUACCGGCAUGACUUCCAACUAUCUCGACAAUAUGCCCAACUUCCAGUUGAAGAAAAUUACAUCACAAAACUACUCUGAUCUCGCUAGCAUGCUAACCAGCGUAGGUCUUGAAAAAUACAUCCGUCUAUUCGCAUCCCAUGAAGUCGAUAUGGCAACUUUCCCGUCGCUUGUGGAAAAAGAUCUCGUAGAGAUCGGCAUAACUGCAUGGGGAGCUAGACGCAAAAUAAUGCUUUUAAUUUCUGAAAUGAGCAAGCGAACUAGUCCGUUUUCCGGCAGUGCAGCACCGGGAGCAGAGAGGAAAUUCGCUUCGCUCUCGUCGAGCGCAUCAGCGACACCGCCGACGCCGGUUCGCAAAUGCAGUCUCGAAAGUAAUAAUUGGUAAUGAAAUCAAGUGUGCUUCCUAAAAAAUGCGAUGGGCAAAAAAGCGAAGCAAGUUACACAUGAAAGUUGUUGCGUAAUUUUAAUGCUAUACAUAAACAUUGUCACUUAUGGAGGUUUGCUGAUACAUUUCGCUUUCUCUUGCUUCGAACAGACACUAGUCCAACGAGUAUCCUAGUUCGUUAUCUUUAUUAUAUACUUAUUAUUAUUAUUUUUUUUCAUUUUUUUUUUGCACGUGUUCAUACUAUAACAGCGCCCAGGCGGUGCGAUCUAGAUUUAAGUCGCAGAAUAAGUUAAUUGGUUUUUCUGCUUUUCAUGAUUAUAUAUAAAAUUAUUCACGCGGCCGCAACGCUCGCGCGAAUUUUUCUUUGCGCGCAUGUUCGUCUAAUUAAUUAAGGUGGCAUGAUGCAUCCGUCGAACGACUGAACAAAAAGUAUAGAAUACUGUUCUAAAAUGUCGUUCUCGAUUCGUCGAGAAAGAAAGUAAAAUAAGACGAUAAAUAAAAGCAAUAGAAACGGAUGCAUGCGUAACUCUCAAAGAGAGACCGAGAGAGGAAGAAAGAGCGAAAGAGUUGUAAUGAAGCGAAAGAGAGAGAGAUAGAGAGGGAGAAAAAGAAAGAGAAGAGACAGACAAACAGACAUAGAGCACAGGUGUGUAGACGCUGUGUGUGACACAUUAAUGCGUAUGAAAUUUCGCUGAAUACGUCUUAGUCGACUUUACAUCGCGCCGUGGUGCGCGUUUGUCUGUGAUGAUGAGAAACACGUUCUAGUUGUUCUAUUAAUAAGAUAAGAGAGCUUUAUUCCUAAGGAGUUAAGAGUAGAAGUUAAGAGUAUAGUGAUAUAGUCAAGCUUUUGUACCUAUAUAAUCUCGCAACGGAGAAAGGAAUGAAGUAUAUAACGGUCUAAACAGACUUACACCGUUUAUUAACAAAUUAUUGUAUGAUGACGAAUAAGCGUCGCAAAUACUGUGCCCCUGUGCUACUGUGCUCUCCGCGUAAGCCUGUUUAAAUUUUUUUUUCUUUUUUUUUGGAAAUUUUCUGGAACUAUAUUGACCUCGGCCUGAUACAUCGUUCAAAUUUUGAAAAUUGUAAUUUAUAUACUCGACAAAGUGUAAUAACGCGUUUGUAAUGAUGGAAUAGCCGGUAUUUCUUGAUUUUUAAAGUAAUUUAUUCAGUACUUGUUAUUAGUAUAACUCGAAUAGUAAAAUUUUAAAGGACCAAAGUAUUAUUUACUCUUUUAUCUCUUUCUUCAGCGAACUCGCUCUCUCUGUCUCUCUUUUUUCACAAUUGUACGCGCACUAACACGCUCAGCACAUGUUUAUUAUAUCUCUAUAUAUGAUUCGUUAUAAAUUAUUUAACAAUUUUAAAGCAUUUUUUUCUUUUUUUUUUGCAAACAAAUGUAACGUUAGGUAAAACUCACGUUAAUACCAGCUGUCGGAAAGCGUUUGAUAAUAAAAUUCUGUUCGUUAUUUAUAAAUUUGCAAUAGAACCCGAUUCUCAAACAGAAUUUUUUGAGUUUACCUAACGAACGAUUUUACCGCUGAGAGUUGUUGACUAAGCUUGUACAGUUUUAAGCGUUUAUUAUUGUUGUUGGUAAUAUGCUUGAGAUAAUUAUUGAAAUAUGUUUUCGAAUGAAUUACGCGUGAACUAUCGUUAGUAAGCUAAAAUGUGUCUAUGUGAUUGUUUACAAGCGUACUAUUAUUUCUUCUUCUCAAUGAUUUAUUGUACUUGAUGUAAGAGCGUCUAGGGUGUUUACAAUUGAUGAUGGUGAUAAAACCCUUGCGAUACGUGCGUUAAGGUGAAACAUGAAAUUACCAAGGUGCCUUUUGUUCCUUCGCGUGGUGCGCUGGUUACAAGAAAAAUUAGAAGAAAAUAAAUUAUACAAAGAAGGAAUGGAAAUUAAAUUUAUACAUAAAUAAAUGAUUAAGUAUUAGCGUUAACAUGAGACUAUAUUAAUUGAGGUAUGCAGUAAAGCACCUGACUGCGAUUUUGAAAAAUGCAUACGAGCCACAAUGAUUGAAUAACGGAUUAAUACACCAUACAUUUUUGUAAAACUGCAGACUUUUUGACAUUUCUUGCUUUUGGGCAAAGAUCAUGACAAAAACAAUCACCGAUUUUUCCGUUUUUAAUCAUGUAAAAUCCAGCAAUGGUUAGCUUUAUUUUCCUCGCAUGUUGAUCAGCUACAUAUUUGUAUCAUUAAUUAAUUUCAUAAUUUCUUUUAUUCUACUACAAUUUGAUUUUGUUAUUAAAUAUUGUUGUUGAACUGUUAAUCAUAGUUAUAAAAAAUGUAGUAAAAUAAAGUAAUGUUAAAGAGAGAGAAUUUACUAUAUGGUACCAAAUAGAAAGCAGAUCAUUAACAUGUGGGAAAAAUAGUAGUUGACUAUAUAGACAGACGAGAACCAGAAGACAGUCUUUUAAUUGUUCAUGUUGUGUUUUGGUAAAUGAAGCAUUUUGGCUCUUAUGUGUAUAUGUUACAAUCAAUGCGUCAUGGGAAGAAGCAUUUUAUAAGACUUAAGAAUGAUAUUUUUUUAAAAUGAUGUAUCUAUAAUGAUUAGUUUGUUAGCAUUCAAAUGGAUAUACACAAAAAUAUGGGAAUGUGAGUGUAUUUUUCUGUACGCGUGCACACUCUACAUACAUACCUAAUAUACAAUUAUACUUUAUUACGAUAAUGAAUGCUAAUACCUUCAUAUUGAUGAUUGUUGGUUUGAUAUAAGAAAAAAACAAUUUUUUGUAUCACUAUUUUUAAUAAAGUCUUAAAUUUAUACAAAA